AUGUCCACUUCGGAUCAAGCGAUGCCCCUCAAAAAGCAAUUUGAGGUCCUUCAAGAACAAUACACUGCAUGUGAUAUUGCAGAUGUUCUCCUCAAGCUCAAAGUACCCGGUGCCGGCUUUCUUCCCGACCUGAGACCUGCAUUUGCUUCGACAUCGGCAUCUCCUGAUAAAAUUACUGUCGCCCCAGUUUCAACUGUGGUUUUUGCCCCAAAGAACAGCACAGAUCUCUCCAAUUAUCCAGCAGCAAACAUUCCCUCUGAUAAGCACUGGAUUGAUCUCACGGUUCCUGACUCGAUAGUGGUCAUAACUCAACCUGAAGGGCAAAAGAAUGCUGUACUAGGUGGAAUAAUGGCAUUGAGGGCCCAAGUUCUUGGCGCUAAAGGUGUGAUUGUUAGCGGAAGGGUCAGAGAUCUUGAUGAACUUCAAGCUACUGGAAUUCCCAUAUGGUCUCGCGGUACAUCAAUUGUUGGUGCUGGUGGCGAAUCUAAGCCUCACGCAAUUCAGGUAGCAUUGAAAAUCGAUGGGACAGAUGUCUGUCCUGGAGAUAUAGCAUUUUGUGAUCCCAAGAAUGGUGUUGUCAUCAUCCCACAAGGAAAGAUAGCUGAUGUAAUCUCAAUGCUGCCAGGUCUUGUUGCAGCAGAUGAUCGUGUGAAGGAAGAAGUUAAGCAAGGAAUGUCGGUUCAAGACGCCUUCAAGAAGCAUCGAGGAUGA